UAUCAUUUUGAUCCAUAUUCUUAACGUUAAUUACAGUAUCAUGCAUCAAGAGAAUCCAGGAAACAAAAUCAAUCCACCAGAAAUCACUUCAAUUACUGAAAAUCCUGGGCCAGGAAGAAAGUAAAUUUGAUUUUGUCAAAUCUUGCAAAAUCUUGAUACCACCUUUUCUGUCGGCUGCUAGACACGGAAUCCAUGAAGUUGUUGAAGAGAUCUUGGAUUCAUUUCCAAUGGCUAUUUGGUUUCCUGACAUCGAAAGUAGACAGUGCAUAUUCCAACUGGCAGUAAAAGAGCGUCAUGAAAAUGUAUUUAAUCUAAUAUAUCAGACCAGUGGACAUAAGCAAUUUGUAACACAAUCUUCUGACAAAUUUGGAAACAACAUAUUGCAACUGGCUGGACAUAUAGCACCUCUCCACCAGCUAAAUCUCAUCUCUGGUGCAGCCCUGCAGAUGCAGCACGAGUUACAUUGGUUUAAGGAAGUAGAGAAAUUUGUUGAACCCAUCUAUAAAGAAAGUCUAAACAAUGAGGGGAAAAAACCAAGAAUUGUAUUCACUGAGCAACAUAAAGAUUUGAUCAAAGAAGGAGAGAAAUGGAUGAAAGACACUGCAAGUUCCUGCACAGUAGCAGCUGCAUUGAUUGCUACUGUAGUAUUUGCAGCAGCCAUUACUGUUCCUGGUGGUAAUAACAAUGGCUGUCUGCCCAAUUUCUCCAAGGAAAAAGCCUUUACUAUCUUUGCAGUUUCAGAUGCACUUUCUCUUUUCUCAUCUACUGCUGCAAUUUUAAUGUUCUUGUCAAUCCUCACAGCGCGAUAUGCAGAAGAAGAUUUCCUUUUUGCUCUGCCAAAGAGAUUGAUAUUCGGUUUGGUUACCCUCUUCCUGUCCAUAACAUCUAUGAUGGUCGCUUUUGGAUCCACAAAUUUUCUCAUGUUUGGUAAUAAAAAUACUUGGGUACUUAGUGUCAGUAUGCUGUCAGCUUGUUUGCCAGUUUCCUUAUUUGUCACCUUACAGUUUCCUCUUCUUCUGGAUAUUAUCUAUUCUACGGACGGUCCUGGUAUUUUUGGUAAGAAAAGCAAAAGAAUGAUCUACUAG